GCGUGCUUCCCAUAUUUGGAAGAAAGAGGAAGACGAAAUUGUUGAAUAUUCUGUAAAGCUUUUGUAAAUGUUUUGUUUAUUUAUGCUGUGCGAAUAACUGACCACCAGAAAUGGAAGCUGUGGCAAAGUUCGCUUUUCGAGCCACUGCAGAUGACGAACUUUCAUUCGAGAAAGGCUCCAUUGUAAAAAUUUUAAACAUGGACACUGAUGCAAAUUGGUUUAAAGCUGAACAGAAUGGAAAAACAGGUUUUAUACCUGCGAACUACAUCGAGAUGAAACCACACGACUGGUUUCAUGGUAAGAUAACACGAUCAAAAAGUGAGGAGAUAUUGAUGCAUCAAGCAGUUGAUGGAGGUUUUCUUGUUCGUGAGUCGGAGAGCUCUCAAACACAAGGUGACUUUUCGCUGUCAGUAUGGUUCAACGGAGCAGUUCAACACUUCAAAGUUCUUCGUGAUGGCGAAGGCAAAUACUUUCUUUGGGUUGUGAAAUUUAAAUCAUUAAAUGAGCUUAUUGACCAUCAUCGAAAAUGUUCAGUUAGUCGAACACAGAAAAUAUUUCUCACUGACACAAACACAGUGUCGUCUGGCAACCAAGUUUUAUUUUCUGUAAAAGCAUUGUUCGAUUUCAAUCCUCAAGAAGAAAAUGAACUGCAAUUUAAGAAAGGAGAGAUUAUCGAAGUUGUUGAACAAGAUGAUCCAAACUGGUGGAAGGGACGACUGCAGGGUAGAGAGGGAUUGUUUCCAUCGAACUAUGUGGCUGUUCAAUGAUAGAGUGUACUUGCACUUGUGACCGUGUACAUACAUGUGUACAUAGGUAUAUAAUCCUGAUUUUGUUAGGACAUUUGCAUAGCAACUUUAGAAAAUCAUACGUAACUUUUUUAAUAAGGCAGCAAAUAACUCUGGCAAAAGUUCAAAAUAGAGAACUUUCUUGAAAAUGAUAAAUUUACGCCUCAUUAUUCGAGGUAUGUCUGAUUUGUGUGCUGUAAAAAAUUGCGCUUCAGUAGGCUUAACAGGCGAUGCUAAAUAGUUGAUUUACUAUUUCAAACUUAUAGAUUUUUCUCAUUGUCUACAUUGAGCAGUUUUAGAUUAAUUUUAAUUAUAGUACUGUGAUUAUUUAAACAAAUACUAACAUCAUCAAAAUGA